UGUAUCACCAAGAACGGAAUUCCACCGUUACACUUCCUCCAUACCUGAACGACACGGAUUACGUCAUUGCGGAUGCGUCGUCGUUAGCUAAAUGACCACACCCUUAUCUGAACUUGAAGCGCUUAACAACACAGUUCCCACAGGUAGAAAGCAAGCAAGCAAGCAAGCAAGCAAGCAAAGGGUUGUAGAUUUAUAACCCCAGAGUCCUGAUUAAGGGCUUUCAAGUUCGUUUCCCUUUUAGUGACAGAGGAAACCAAAUGGGGAUCUUGUACUCAGAGCCCAUGUGUCAGGCAGCUUAUGAUGAUGACGUCCACAAGUUGCAUGAACUGAUCUCGGCUGAUGCCAGAAAUGUGAAUGUUCAAGAUAAAGGAACGGGAGACACACCGAUUAUAGCCGCCUGUAGACGGGGAAACAUCAAAAGUGUCAAAUACCUUCUAGAUAACGAUGCAAAUGUGUCCAUUAGGAAUAAGAAAGAAAGGACCUGUUUGCACUAUGCUACAAGGAGAACAUUCUCCUUCUUGGAUUACCUGAUGAUUGCCAUUUUAAUGCCCAUCUUGUUAAUUGGUUAUCUAAUAAUGGAAGAGAAGCAAAGAAAAAAUGUGAAAUUGAUGGAGUUUCUUUUGGCCACUAAGGUGGAUGUUAAUGCUGUAGACUAUAAGGGGAACACUGGACUUCAUUAUGCGUGCCAAAGAAAAAGUCAAAGGAUCAUUCCAUUGUUAUUGCAGAAAAAUGCAGAUGUUUCUAUACAGAACAAAAAAAGUGAAACUCCUCUAGAUAUUGCAAAGAAACUACAAUUCCACAAAAUUGUUACAAUGUUAAUGAAAUCAAAUUAGUAUUAAUGGAGGACAUAAGGGAGCAGAUAGUUGACAGUGCGGUCCUUUACAAUUCACCAGCUGAGUUUAGAUUGGGAUUUCACGGAUGAACGAUGUUGCCAUGAUUUACUGUUUUUUUAAGUAAUGAGUAAGUUUCUUAUAUUGAUAAUUUAUGUACUGUAUGUUCAGGUUGUUUUAAAGUGUGUGUUAAAGUUUGUUAUCACUGUAAGAUAUCAUGGAUUUAGUUUGUGCCAUGUUGUUAGUUAAAAAAAAUAAAUAAAACCUCCACUAAAUAAAGUUAUUUUCUGUAUA